UUUAAAAGCUUAUUAUGCCGUGAAGGACCUAAUCCCUGCAAAAUAUGGCGGCGGCCAGAUGGGUAUGGUCUGCCCUCCGGAUACCUGUGAGAGGGGGUAUCCUGGUCCCAACACAGGCUUGUACUAGUGCUGUACAAACCACCUGGGCCGUCUCUUCAACCACUGCCAGCGUCUCCGUGCAGCAGUACAGAUUCAGCAGUUUCUUCAACAAAUUGACGGCUACUGAGUUAUGGAGGGGGGUGCUGGCAGAGAGCGGGCCAGGGGCACGGAAGGGAAGGGGGAAGAGAACUAAGCGAAAGCUGAAGAAAGACCUCAACAGAGGGCAGAGUGUCGGAGAAGGACGAGGAGGCUACCUCUGGCCCGGCCUGAACUCGCCUGUGCUGAGAAGUGGUACCAUCCAGUCCAUCUCCCAGAGGGACCAGGCCCAGCAGGAGGAGCUGCAGGCGGACAUUGUCCGCCAGAGAGACGAGUGGGACAGGAAGAGGAGGACGAAGGUGAAGAGGGAUCGGGGAUGGACCGGGAAUUCCUGGGGGGGGAUCAGCCUCGGAUCGCCAGAUCCUGGGCCGUACGGAGAAACAUAUGAAGAUUUCGAUUCUCGGGUGAUUGAGGUGAAAAGCGUUUUCAACAUGACAGCGAACGAGGGAAGGAAGAGAUCGAUCAGUGCUCUGGUCGCUGUCGGAAAUGGGAAUGGGGCAGCAGGUUUUGCUUUGGGGAAGGCAGCCGACCGAGCAACUGCACUUCGAAAAGCGAAGAACAAAGCUGUCCAUUAUUUGUACUACAUAGAGCGAUACAACAACCACACAAUCUAUCAUGACAUGACUUCCACCUUCAAGAGAACCACCCUCCGGAUGAAGAAACAAAGCAGAGGUAAGUCUGGCACUGCCAGGGCAGUACAUGCCUCUCUCCUGUUUGUUUUGCCAUAGUGCUGAAUGGACAUU